GGAAAGUCAAGAUGUCGCUAUCUCUUUCCAGUUUCUUGUCGGUAAUUAUCCCAUGCGGUUCACCGUAAUCUUCCUUCUCAAACUUGGUAUCUACUGAAAUGUACAAAGGAUCAAAAUUACAAACCCAACACCUACUGCUUCCUCCCCCAGCCACAGCACACGCGCACCGGACCACUCCUCGCUCCGUGGUGCCAUUAGACAUCACAGAAUCAGACGACGGAACUCACAGACGGGCCGCUGUGAUACAAAAGUGACGUCCAGCCACUCGAGAUGAUUGGAUUUUGGAUAUUGCCUGCCACUCCUACCCCGCUCAAUCCUGGGUUACACCAUGCCUCAGCCAGACGGUUCCAGGUCUCGAGAAGCCGUUGGACAUAGUAACUACUCACAACAGAGGAAGAAAAGCAGGAGGUGCAGGCGAGAAAGGCGGAGGUGAGCGGUGGCUCCCUGUCUAGACCGUCCACUUGCUGCAAGGCAAACCGGGGAGGGGAAGUGGCACAACAGGAGGUCAAGGCUUGGGCAUCUCCCCUCAAAAAGAUGAUAUCGAGUUAAGGACACUGCAUGGGGAAGGAGGGUGAACUACCACCAAGACCCUGACAGUCUAACAAGCAGUAACAAUACCUGCUGCUUUAUGUUGUGGUUCCCAUUUCUGCCACAUAAAGGGGACUCCCGUCUCUCCCACUCGUUAUAUAUCUGCUUCUUCUCCUCGUGGCACCUGGAGAGAACACUCAUCCUCGUUUCAAAGACUUGUCCAGACACACGAGUAAAGAGCAACCUAUAACACUCGAAGAGUACAGCAUCAACUGCUGAUCAAGCAAAGAACACUCAACCACAAGUAGAGCAUCUCCUCUCAAACAAACAAACCCCCAAAACAACCACCAAAAUGGUCGUCCGCAUCCCUGCCGCCGGCAUGACCGAGUACAUCUUCUUCGGCGCUGCCGGCGUCGGCACGCUCGCCCCGCUCGCCAUGGGUAUCCCCGGUGCCGAAGAGCGCGUGGCUCGGGCGACGGCCAAGUGGGCUCCCCGAUGGGAGCGCAACAUCAACUACUUUACGAACCACGUACCUGUCGAGCGCGGCAUCCAGCGCAUCACACCUCCCGUUGAACGCGCCGUUCAUCGCGUCGAGCACGACUUGCCUCUCGAGAAAGCGGCUGUGGCUACGAGCCAUGUCGCGGAGAAGAGCAUGAAGCCGUUGGAGAUGAUCAAGCACAAUUGGACUAUGGAGUGAGCGUUUCAGAUGUAAUCAGGGGGACGGACUAAGGGCUGGACAAUGGAUAUGGAUGGAUGGACGGUUUGUAACACGGCAUAGCCGGAGUUUUUGGAAGGGAAGGUCGUUUUUGUCAUGGGUUAUGGAUCGGGAUCGGAUCGGGACGGGAUUGACGGAACGGCGAACAAUGUCUUGGUUUCUCCUAGCAUGGGUAACAACAACAAAGGUUACUGUUGGUGGUUUGACCAUGAUGCCUUUGUCCAAAGUGGCGAUUACCACUUCUUGUUCAUGGCAGCAGCAGUCAGUGGUCCAGUGGACAGCGUUGACUAACAAACCUAUACAUAUAUCCGGCCCAAUAUGAUAUCCUCGAGUCACUC